AUGGACGAGGAGACCAUCGAUGCAGCUGCUCGCGCCAUCUCCUUUUUGGGCGAGGCGGCUCUCAGCGCCAGCGCCGCCUACCUGGUGACGCGCGCCCGCAGCGUCGCGCUCGCGGCCGAAGGCGCGAACGCCGACCACAUCCCGGCGGCCGCGAUUGCGCUGAACCAGGUGGAGAGCGGGGGGACGAUGCUAGCCGUAUCCGGCCUCCGUGGAGCCGCGACCGCGCUGGAGGAGGUGGAGAGCGAGGGGAGGACGCGGGCCGUCUCCGGCCUCCUCGGAGCGGCGACCGCGCUGCAGGCGGUGCUCGGCGUCGGCCAUGACAACCUCCGAGACGCCGCGGCAGAUUUGGCGCGUCAGUGCGGCGAACACCCGGAGGCCGCAGCGGCGAUGGAGAAGGUGCCCCGCGCCGUGGAGGAGCAGAGCCACCGGAAUCGGUCUGCGCCGUGGUGGUUAUUCUGGAGGCGUCGGGGACACCGCAUUGGGGACGUUGAGCAGACUCUUCUUGCCACCGGGUCCACGCCCACCGCUCUGCAGGGCGCCGCGAGGACGGCCAUCGACUUCGUGCGCAAUGAGGCGGCGAGGCCCGACCAUUUGGUUAAGCUAGCCGGCAAGAUCGUUGUGUCUGCGGAUAACCUCGCCGUGCCCCAUCAGAGCCUGGUAGCGGCCAGGGACGCGUUGCAGCAAGCGGACAGCCCAAGUAGCGUGAAGGCAGCCGUGAAUGGCCUCGAGGCCGCGGCCAUGGGUGUGAAAGGAGCAGCCAACUCUCGGCAGAUUAUCCUCCGUAACCCAGUGGUGCAGUUGGCGGCCGCGUGCCAGGAGUACCUCAAAGCUUCUGAUGCCAUGGCCGCAGUGCAGCACGCUGCUACGGAGCGGGCGCGCCAGAGAGAGAGUGCAGUUGUCCCCGGCCAGAACGCGCCGCCACCGACAGCGCCUGGUCCUGGUCAGGGAGACGAGGGGAGGUCCGGUUGGCUGGAGUACGCCUUGUGCGGCUCGCUCACUCUAGCCCCGUACCUGGCAGCCACCAAUGGAAAUCCAGCUAAGAAUCUCGUACUCGCAGGCGAUGACAGAUGGCACAUAAAUUUAGCUCUCUCUUUAUGGUGGACUAUUGUGGCGUCUGGUGCCGUUUGCAGCUCGUAUGCGCGAUCUUGGAUAGAGGUGUGCUAUGCACAGCUAGCAGCCCGGGUUGGGAUGUACGCUUGCCUUUCAUUUAUAUUUGAACGGCCUGAGCCUCAGAAAGCAUAG